GUCUCCGCCGCUCCAGGGGCGGGUGGGGUGGGCAGAGUCCGGGCCGCCGCCGCGGCCACCGGGGAGAGACCAGGAGCGGGUGCGGGUCCCGGAAGAGAGCGCGGCUGCCGGCCGCUUGGUCCCGGUCCCGGUCGAGGCCAGGGGCGCGCGGCGAUGUGAGCCAUGAGCGCGACGUGGACGCUGUCCCCCGAGCCGCUGCCGCCAUCGACGGGGCCCCCGGUAGGCGCGGGCCUGGACGCGGAGCAGCGCACCGUGUUCGCCUUCGUGCUGUGCCUGCUCGUGGUGCUGGUGCUGCUGAUGGUUCGCUGCGUGCGUAUCCUGCUCGACCCCUACAGCCGCAUGCCCGCCUCGUCCUGGACAGACCACAAGGAGGCGCUCGAGCGCGGGCAGUUCGACUACGCGCUGGUCUGAGCGGUGCGGCGCCCUCGGCCGGCCCUCCGCGGGGUCUCUCUCCCGGGGCCGAUCCGACGGUGCGCCGCCGGGCCUGGACCGCGCUCAGGAUCCUGCCCCCGAGCCCGCAGCCCGAGGGGGGAGGGCGUCAGGAUAAGUCCAACCCCUCCCCCCUCACACCCCUCCCAUCUUCCCUCCUGGCCAGGCCGGAGCCCCACUUCGUGCCUUUAUCCCGCCCUGUCCUCUCUCCGUAACUCACCGGCCCGGCUGGCCCCCGAGUCUAAAGCCUGGGUGGGAAGAGGACGCCCGCCCCUCCGCCCCCAGCGUGUAGGUGGCUCUGCUACUGCCCUGCCGCCGAGCAUGAGUGUCAUGUCCGCUCCCGGGUUCGGGAACCCCCGUGUCCCUUCCCCGCCCUCCCCUGUCCUCUGGCCAUCCUCACUCCCCCGCCGCCCGCCCCCGCCAAGUGUUGAGCCCCUCCUCGGGCUCCGGGCCUGCGGGCUCUCCUGGGCCCAUGAGGUGGACGCUGCAUACCAAUAUGACCUGCGGGGCCUGCUCCGGAGACAGUGACUGAAGAGCGACAAUGGCUGCUGUGUCCAGGAUGCGAGGCUUCUUCCAUGGGGGGGAGAGGGCAGACAGGCUCCCUCCCGCCCCCAGCCCAGGCCCCAGUUCAGGUCAGCGCGCCCCUCCCUCUGUCACCACCUCCACCCCUCAUUGGCCCUCCUGCCACCUCCCCCUGGUUCCUCCUGCAACCCCCCCCUCCCAGGCUCUCCCCUUGCUUUCUCACUCCUCCCUGCCUCUGAGCCCAUGGUAUUAAUAAAAGCUGUUAUUGAGCGCUUACUGCAUGCCAAGCAGCGUGCUGAGGUAGCUCCUCCUGUA